AAGCUACAGACCCAGAACAAGAAUGCUAGCUCUGAAAACAGAGAUGGAUGGUUCCAUGCAAUAUGGAGCCCUGGCCUGGGUAUAAUCCCAGGAUAACUCCAGCUGCUCAUACUGGAAACAUAAGAGCUUUAUGGCAAGUGAAGGGUUGCUGAGAGAAUGAGCUGUGAGGAAGUCUCGUUUUGUCACUGGCACAAGCGACACUGAAAAAGGACUCAGGGGAUAGGACUCCCGAGGGGUCUUCAGUGGAGAAACUCAUUCCCAGUUGGAUUCAAGAAGACAGGAUGAUAUCUGUCCAGCUGGAAGCCAUCCAGGCAUGCUGAGGGUGCGUGUCCAGGUUCUGGGUGAGAAAGCAGAGAAGUUUACCAUGUUCGGAGAUCAUGGGACCGUGGAGUCUUAUGAUUCGUCUGAUGUUACGCUGAGGCACCAGCACACCAAUAGGCAGAGUCUUUGCUCAACAAAGCCCAGUAUAAACCCUGCCCUAACGUCAGAACAAGGUUCAGUCACCAAGGGGAAGAGGAUCCAAGCAGACAGAAAAAGAAAUCCAGCCUUCCCUGUGGAAACACCGUCUCUGCAGCACGAUGCAUCAGGAGAGAGAUCUCAGAACCCUGAGUGAGGAGACCAUUCCUCUUGCUCCUACUGGUUAUGGUAGGGGAAGUCUUCUCCCUCAAACAGACAGGAUAGUCAUGGAUUCUGCAAAGUGUGACCCACAAGACAAAUGCCUUGAAUGUGCGAUUGCAGAUGGAAUGAAACCCCUGGUGUCAGUAGCCAAGUGUCUGCAGCAUGGAGGGUCGGACACUCAGGCAGCUAUACCUGAACUCAUGAACUGUGCUUUUGAGACACUCAGAUCUGCAAAGGAGCUGGCCAACGACAAACAGAAUAUAGCCAGUUCCCAAAACCAGAGUCUCCUCGUCCAGAGGGAGAAGCUGGGAAAUGAAAAGAAGCAGAAAGAAAUUAACCUCUUGUUGUUUAAUCUCGACCUAACAUACAUCGGGCAGAUGAAGCAGGUUGCCCAAGGCAUGAGGGAUACUGCAAAGAGGCACCUGCAUGAACUGGAGGGGGAGCUGAAGAGAGUAAAAAAGGAGGAAAAGUGGCAGAAAAUCAUAAGGAACAUUGUGAUGGUCAUCCUACCUCUUUACACCCUCAUUGUUUCAGUGCAAGCUGUGCGUGAAGCCCUCCAUAUAACAGAUGAGACCCAGUCUUCCAUCUCCCUAAGUGUGGUGGUUGCCAUUUGCCAGGCCUCUCUCUAUGUGACUUACAAGACAGUGAAGGAGUUGGAAAAUGCCAUUGAGCACUACACAAACAAGGUUUUUGAGUACAACCAGAAGGUUUACACAUAUGAGAAGGAGGAAGGAGAAAUCCGGAUGAAAAUGGAGGAAUGUAGCAAGACCAAGGAUCAAGAACCAAAGCUUUCAGCAUAUCAGACAGCCAAACUGGACAUGUACACUUCUUUCCUGCAGGUUGUGGUGAAGCUGCUUGCGUGUUACAGGAAGAACGCCUCUAAGUACUGGUUCAUUUUGCGGAAAGUUUAUUGCCAUCUGUUGCGAUUAGUGGGAGAGGAAGAUCAGGAGGACAUGCUGGAAAACGAGCACCUGGCUCAGAAGCUAGAAUCUACUGUUAUCAAGUUUGAAGAAAAUCACAGGGCUUCAAUUAAGGGCAAGCAUUGUUAGGGCUGAGAUGCCAAGGAGAAGGUGAAGUCUGAGGAAGAUCUGAUUCUGUUAUUAGUGACAUGAAAUGAACACCAGAGUCUCUGGCACCAGAACGGACUCCAGGGAUAGCAGCUGGGUCUAAGGUGUGGUGGAAACCUUAUAUCAGUAAGAGUGAUUGUAAAGGUGUCUCCUUUAAUUAAAACACAACACGUCUGUGUGAUAUUAUACAUGCUGAAUUGUGCGCUGGGCCCAGGAAAUGCUGAAUGUCUUUUCUUCUGCAGCGGUGGUGUCUGUCGGCCAUUCCUGGCAAUGCCCCAUUUCUAUUUCACAGCUGUGCAGACUAGUGAAAAACCUUAACUCAGGUGUAGAAAUGACUGAUAGUGAAGUAUUGGGGGCACUGUCAAGAUACUCAGGAAGGCUAGAUUUUGGUGUAUGAAUCUGAAUAAGAGAUAUACAUUUAACUAUAAUGACCAUGGGAAUACUGACAUCAUAGCUUUUGGCUAUUUUGAAUCUUUUUGCUGCUUAGCUAGUUGUGCUUGUUUAAAUGUAAUAAAUACUUUAUCAAAUCAAUCCACAUUCCAAUAAUUGUAUUUGUUUUUCCUUUCAUCUUAAACCGAAUAAUAUAACAGCUACUUCCCCCACCUCACCCAAGCAUAUCAGUAAAGCUUCUAGUUCCUCUUUAACUGGAGAAAAAAUAUGUGUUGUGUUGUGUUAUAUGUGAUGGUGCACUCAUUUUCAAUAUCCAUUAAUGGUGGCGGAGUUUCACACAUUAUUAGCAAAUCUCUCACCUUUUAACUGAAUGACAGGAUGGUGUGAACCUAAAAAAAUGAAGCCCUUCCCUCCUGCUUGCCUACAGGCAUCUGUGUUUAACAGGAGGCAAUUAAAACAGGUCCAGAUAAAGAAGUCAGCUGCUGCUGGGCUGUAUUGCUUAGUAAAAUGUACAGAUUCAAGGACACUGGACAUUUAAUAAAUACAUUAAUUUCAUGGAAUGUUUUCCAUUUGGGAAAAAAUGCUUAAAAUUCCCCCAAAUAUAUUAAAAUGGCCUUUCCAGCAUUUUUAAAUGCUUUAAUUUUUCAUUUAGAAAUCACUUUUCAUUUCAAGUUUUUCUUACUAUGAUUUUAAAGAUUAGAAAUGGAAAAAGAUCAAUGUCAGACUGAAAUGUUUAAUUUUUUUUAGAUAUUUCCUCUUUCCUUAAAUCACAAAAUCUUUUGAUUUUUAUUUUGAAUAGAACAUCUUUUUAAAAAUAUCAAAAUAGCCUUUUUCCCCCUUGUUUUGUUUUUUCUCCCUCCAACUCUAGUCUUUUUGCCUCCCAGUGAACUGGGUCUCAUUUACAUGGUUAUCUGUGUUGCCAGAAUGCCAUUAUUUCUGCACUCAUCCAUUGAGCUUACUAGGAACAGCAGAAUAAAUAAUAUCUAAGAAAAAAAAUUGCUUCUAAAGUUUGCAAAUGACAUGGAUCAUAUGGGAAGUCGGGUGCACUUGAACAAUGCAACGGAAAAUAUUUUUAAAGCAUCAUUGGCGCCGCCGUGCCCCCCCAGCCGCCGGGGGCACGCAUCAUUCAUGUUAAGCAUAAUGUGUGAGUUGACUGGAGUUCUUUGGCAGAGAAAGUUGCUGGGGUCAAGAACUC